GUGUGACGAGCUGUAAGGUUGGGUUGCCGGUUAUACUGUAGGUAACCGCAGCGCAAUGGAUCAUCAAGUAUAGACAGGUUUAGAUAAGAUUAUUCUGAGUGUGUUAAAGUCUUAUUAAUUUGUCCAUUGGAAUACGGAUCGUGCAGGCGGCAAUUAAGAUGUCUGGCUUCGAUGAGAAUCCUUUCGGAGAACCGAAUACUAACGAUCCGUUUGCGGAUCCUGCAAUCAGGAGAGCUGUAUCCUCUACUCCUGCUAACAGAGGUCUAGAGGACUACAAUCCCUUCGCUGAACAAGGUUCACAAGGCACAGCGCAAGUCAGAGGUGCUACCAAUCCACCUAUUUAUGGUGGACUAGGAGCAACACAGCAACCUGCUACGCUUCAGCCUUCGAGUCAGGAUCCUCCUGCAGCUAACUAUGCCCGCACCCCACAGCAGACAGUGAAUACAUCACUUGGACCCACAUUGUCUCCUACCUCAGAUCAAAGAUCAGAACCAGAAUGGAAGGCGAGAACAGAAGAAGACAUGAGGAAUACAGCAUAUUAUCCAAGGAGAAAUAACUGGCCACCCUUACCUGAGAAAUGUUGCUUCCAACCCUGUUUCCACCAGGACAUUGAUGUGGAAAUUCAUACUGAUUUUCAAAAAGUAGUCAGGCAAUUGUAUCGGCUAUGGAUGUUUCACGGCUGUGUCUUAAUCCUAAAUGUUCUUGGUGGAUUCAUACUAAUUGUGUCUAACGAAGGAUUUUCGACGUUCGGUCUUGGAGUAUUAUAUCUCAUACUUUUCACACCAUUCUCAUUUCUAUGUUGGUUUAGACCAGCAUACAAGGCUUUCAAGAACGAUAGCUCUUUUAACUUCAUGGUAUUUUUUUUCGUCUUUUUCUUUCAAUUAAUCGUGACAGCUAUUCAGGCAAUAGGUAUCCCUGGAUCGGGAACUUGCGGUCUCAUAACAGCUAUCACGAUGUUUGACUCAUCAGCUAAAGGAGUAUUCGUUGGCCUUAUAUUGCUUGUUAUUGCAAUUUGUUUCGUCCUUGCCGCGUGCGGUGAUCUCCUACUAUUAACUAAGAUCCAUCGCAUUUAUCGUUCAUCGGAUGCGAGCGUUACGAAAGCACAACAGGAAUUUGCAACAACUUUCUUACGCAAUGAACACGUGCAACAUGCGGCGAGUAACGUCGCUGCCACUGCUGUCCGCGCCCAAAUGGCCAAUGCUGCUAACCAACCACGCUAUUAAUGCGAAUCGCUAGUGUCCAAGACUUACUCUUCAGGUAUUCUGACGUUUUACCGUUCAGUAAGCCGAUAUAUCGUCUUGGUUUCGAUGCAACUAACAUGCGUCACGUGAAUUAUAAUGUUCCAUAGAAACUCUAUUCUUGCAUUGAAGUUAUAUCUAUCUACGUGUAGAGUCAUUUCUAACCCAUGGUGCGUUAUCAGUUAUCAUUCGUACAUAUUUCGUCGUCGAAAAAAUUGUUCCUUUGACUUUUGGUGAAAGUCGGAUUUCAAUAUUCUCGGUGAUCUAACAUUUAUUUAAUGCUUUAUCAUUUUGCAUCUCCUUUUCUCCUUUAAUAGUAUUCGAAAUUUAUUAACACAGUAUUGCGUGUCUCCGUAUUAUUGUCUGACGCAUGAUCUGUAUGUAUAUCAUUUUUCAUUUGAAUCGAUUGAAAAUGAGUCAAAAUAAUUUAUCAUCUAGUGGAAAAACAAGAUAUGGGUAAUAAUCAUAUCACUAAUUCGUACUGUAUUGCUUCUAUAUGCAUCAAUACAUUUGCUAGCUUUUGUAUUUUAGUAGCGACUUCGAUCAUGAUCUAAUCAUGCACGGCUUCAUAUAAAACGGGAGAUUAUUCAGUUUGCCGAAAAUCAAAAUAAUUUUACUAGUACACACUCACAGUUAUGUUGUAUGUCUACGAGUUUAGAGUUCAAUUCCUUAACCGUUGUUUCAUGUGAAGUUAAUCAUGAAUUAUAUGUAAAUCAGGCAUCUUUUUAUCUAUCCUAAUUACGUCUUAUACAUUCCUUGCAACGUGUAAUAUAUGGCCUUUCUUUAUUAAGUAAUUGUUAUUUAGAUCCAUAAAAUAUUCUAUGAAUUUGUAAAGUCUAAACUAUAUAUAUUAUAUAUACAUACAUCUAAGGAAUACGUUGAAAAAGAAAACAGAUGAAUCUUACGUAUUUUUAAUUAUUUAUUAAUUACCGAUAAAUUAUUUAUAGAGUACCAAAAUUGGGUUAUAUCGUUGCCGUUACUUUCUUGGGUAUAUCUAAACGUCUCAAUGAACUGGAAAAUUUAUGUCAAGUAAAAUGUUCGGGAAUAUAGGAAAAUGAGAGGUCGAAGGCCCUUUGUUAUUUAUUGAGACUUUAAUUAAACAAAUCAUACGUUCUAAAUGUAUUUUUACGUACACGACACUUUAAAUUAAUUAUAAUAAUUAUUACACACCAUUAUUACAUAGAAAUGAACAAUAGAAUACAUUAUUUUGUGUAAAAGGAAAGACAGAAAUGUUAUUUAAAUUUUAUAAAUACGCGCUGAUACAUUUAUACUUGUGUAAGCAGCAAAAGGAAAAGUGACAAAUAAACAUUUUGUUUACUUACA